CACUCAUACUCUUCGCCUGAUUAAAAAAAAAUUCCUUUUUUUCCAAUUCUACAAUCUGUUCUCCGGUCGGUGAAUUCGGUUUCCGGCGUGCGUUUAUUCCCAGGGUUCGCAGUGGAUCCUGAAGAUUUAUAAUGGAUUCUAAGAGUAAAGCUGAGGAUGCAGUUGCUGGAAUUGAACCCGAGACUGAUACUAAGACAAUGAAACGGGAUAUGUCUCCAUCGACUGAUGGCACAGAUCGUAAAGCUACAGCCCCCGUCACUGCUUCAGUCAGUGUUACUACUUCGGCUAAUGGAUCUAGUGUUGUGUUUCCUCAUCAAAAUGGCAGUUCUCAGGGAAGUCAUUUGAAUAAUGAUUCAUACACGAAUUAUAUGGCUAGGAAUAACCCGUACAUGAAUGGAUCAUAUAUGGGAUAUGAUGGGCAGCCAUAUGAUUCGCCAUAUGGCCAUGAAGCCUGUCAUUCACGGGAUUUGAGGUAUAUGGAGAAUCCGAUAUCGGGUCCUCAAAAUUCCAAUAGGUCUACUCCUGCAAGGACAAAUGCAAGUGGUGCUGUUAGACUUCCCUUUAAUUCUCAUCCACGGGCUUUCGGACUGCAAAAUAAGGGAAAACUAGCAGCAGGACAUUUCCCGAGAUUUUCCAGCCCGAAGCAAGGUCAUGUUCCGUAUAAUGAUUACGUGAACGAGAACUCAAAUGGUAAUUUCUGGGUUCAGAAACAUCAUUACUCGAAACCCGACAAAAAUGAAAAAUCCGAUGAUGCAGCAGUUGAACUAACCGUCGGUCCAAGGACCAAUGGAAAGAAUCCUCCUUCCGAAUCGUCGAGCAAGAAAGACAAUCUGUUUGGAUUGACAAUCCGUCGAGAAUUGUUCAACCUCCCCGAUUUUCAGACAGAGUACGAGGAUGCCAAAUUUUAUGUCAUCAAGUCUUAUAGCGAAGAUGACAUUCACAAGAGUAUCAAAUAUUCUGUAUGGUCAAGUACACCAAACGGAAACAAGAAGCUCGAUGCAGCUUUCCGUGAAGCCGAAGAAAAAUCACGUGGGGACGGGAAGAAUCGUCCGGUCUUCCUUUUCUUCUCGGUGAAUGCAAGUAGACAAUUCGUCGGGUUAGCUGAGAUGGUCGGAUAUGUAGACUUUGAUAAAGACCUCGACUUUUGGCAAGUGGAUAAGUGGAUCGGCUUUUUCCCCGUACAAUGGCAUAUCGUUAAGGACAUUCCCAACCGUGAACUGCGCCAUAUCACCCUCGACAACAACGAGGACAAGCCAGUAACUCAUACCAGGGAUACCCACGAGAUAAAACUUAGAGAAGGUCUCCGAAUGCUUACGAUAUUCAAGAAAUAUUCUGCGGGAACGUCAUUGUUAGACGACGACAUGGACUUCUACGAAGAACGCGAGAAGGCCCUCAGAGCCAAGAAGGAGAACAAACCCGCGACUCUUCGCAUGGAUUUCUACAAAGAUUCCGAUUUCGAUAAUGAGAUCGAAGAAGAAGAUAGAAGAAGAACGAGAGGAGGCAGAGAAGAUGGCAGAGCCCGGACACAGGCUUCUCUCAUCGAUCGUACGAAGAAUCUCUCGCUAACCGGCCGCCCAACGUCCGAGAAAUAUGGCGUAAAGAAUGUCCGGGGAUCAACUUAAGAAAACUCCAACCCAUAGUUUCGUCUGUUUGAAGGCGUGGUAGUUUUUAUUGUCGGGUACUUUUGAAUAUAACUGUAGGGUACAGUGCUACUUAAUAUAAGCCCUUUUGAUAUAUAUGAAAUCGGGUAGAGUUAAAUCUCAUCAA